UUAGUAGGCCAGUAAAACAUUUUCACUGCGUUCACAGCCGUGCUUAAAUAGCAUACACAGCAAUAACCCGAAAGAUAAAAUAAAAAAAAUUCAAUUAUAUAGCAUAAAAUCAAGAUGACAUCGGAAGAAGAAGAGGUAUACACGGAGGAGGAGACUGACGAGGCCAUGUUCUUCAUCCGGGAGCAUGAUCUGCCCAUGUCGGAGCUGUACUAUGCCCUCAAGUAUGUCCGCUUCCUGCACGGAAACCGAGCCCAGACCGAUCAGACUACGGACAUCCAGGUGCCCCAGACUCAAGUCCCUGAGGUGGCACCACCGCCAUUCGACUGGGAGGACAAGGAGAACCACUCCGUGAGCCGGGACUCGUAAUAGCUUUAAAUGUUUUCAAUUGAUUUGCGUUCUGCUUUUACAAAUGGUGACUCAAAAGAUUAAAUUCUCAAAAGGCA